GAUCAGUCUUGUUCCGCUGUCAGCCUGUCUGUCAAAAGCCAUGAUGGCCAGUUGGUCCACCUCACUCCUAGGCGCCGGCCUCUGCUGGUUGGCGUCUAUGGCGGACGCCUUGCCGUCCCACGUCUUCCAGAAUUCUACCGCUCCGCCCGUCGUUGCGGUCAAGAAUGGCUCGUAUGCCGGGAUACACUCGGCCGAGUACAACCAGGACUUCUUCCUCGGCAUGCCUUAUGCCCAGGUAGCCCCUCGGUUCACCGUCUCGCAGCAUCUAAACUCGUCGUGGGAGGGUGUCCGGAAUGCCACUGUAUAUCCACGGCACUGCAUCGGCUACGGCGGCGACCAAAUUGGCUAUGAAGUCUCGGAGGACUGCCUGUACCUAAACGUUAUCCGACCGGCCGGCAUCUCCGACACUGCUGGUCUUCCGGUGGCUGUCUGGAUCCAUGGCGGCGGUUUGGCUAUGGGCGGCUCGGCAGACAGGCGCUACAACCUCUCCUUUGUGGUGGAGAACAGUGUCGAGCAAGGCACGCCCAUGAUCGGCGUCAGCCUCAACUACCGCCUGUCCGCCUUCGGCUUCCCUCAGGGCGAGGAGGCCCUGGCGGCGGGGGUAACAAACCUGGGCUUCAGGGACCAGCGACUGGCGCUGCGGUGGCUGCACGAGAACAUCGCGGCCUUUGGCGGCGCCCCGGACAAGGUGACGAUCUGGGGCGAGAGCUCCGGCGCCGAGAGCGUGACCGCGCAGACGGUGGCCUAUGGCGGCCGCGACGACGGUCUGUUCCGCGGCGUCAUCGCCCAGUCCGGGUACGGGGGCUUCAUCGGGCGGUACGCCGGCGGCCUGAACGCCAGCGGCGCCAUGCAGGACACCUACGACAGGCUCGUGCGCAACACCAGCUGCGCCCACACGGUCGGCACGCCCGCCUCCCUCGACUGCCUGCGCGCCCUGCCGCUGGACGACUUGAACGAGGCGCUAAACGGCACGGCUGCCAACCCGUGGUCGCCGGUGCUGGACGGCGACUUCAUCGCCGACUACCCCUCCAAGCAGCUGAGAGAGGGCCGCUUCCCCCAGGUGCACCUGCUACUCGGCUGCAACUCGGAAGAGGGAGCAUCGUUUGGCACGGAAGUGGGCCCCGACGGCGGCGGCGUCAACACGGACGACGAGAUGCGGAAGGCUGUCACGGUCAUUGUGGGACCCGAGGUUCAAGAGACGGUCGGCAAGACGGUCGAGCAGGUAGUGGACGAGUUGAUGUUCUUAUACCCCAACAUCCAGGCCGUCGGUGUCCCAGGCCUUGACAAGUGGCCCGUCAUCCAGCCCGGCGACGAGGUAGCCCAAAUCGUGGGCUCACAGUACCGCCGUACGGCUGCUCUGUUUGGGGACUACAUGAUGCACUUCUCCCGACGGCGCGCGAGCCUGGCCUUUGCGAAGCAAGGGAUUCCCGCUUGGAGCUACCGUUUCGACGUUGUGCUACCCAGUAUCCCCGACUUCAUCGGAGCCACGCACUUCCAGGAAGUCGCCUUCGUGUUCCACAAUAUUCGCGGCGAAGGUUACGACAAAAAGCCGUUUGCCAACGGCACCGAGGCGCUCGUCGGGCUGGCCAAAACCAUGUCGACCGGGUGGAUCAACUUCGUCACGGGCCAGGACCCCAAUGGCGCCGAGGGGUUGGGCCUUCCGGGCGGGGUGUCCUGGCCGGCGUAUAAUGCCAGCGUCGGUGGCGGAGUUGGCCAGAAUCUGGUCUGGUCGGACAAGGGCAGCUAUGUUGAGACGGACGAUUGGCGGGUUGAAGGGAUCAACUACUUUAUCGAGAACAGUUUGAGGGUGUUUGGCAUAUAAGCCGUGAUACCUGACCCAGCCACGGGGCAUAUAGAAGCUUGGGAGGCAAGAGAGGAAAGAUCGGAGGCAGAUAAUUAUUGCAGAUAUCGUAGAAUUUGGCAGUCCCGGGGAUCUAAAAACGGGUGCCACUUAGCCGAUCUCAGUAUGCUCGGUUUCCGUAGU